GCGCUGGCGACCGGAGAGAUAAAUGGCUUUGUUUACUUUUUGUGGCGUGCAUUUGGUAUAAGACUGCAGAGACCUCUGGUCUGAUGUAGUCUGGUCUUUUCUUUUCUUUAGCGUGUUUCUAAUGCAACGAUAUGGAUCUAAAAGACUCGGGAAGCGUCGUUUUGACCGCCUACCAUUCAUUCACUCCUUCCAGGAUUCAUCUGGCGGAGGAGAGCUAUGCGCCGCUCGCGACCACUCACUCUCCCGUUAGCAGGAAAGUGCAGCAUCGGGUCUUAACGAGGAUGAGUGCAACAGGGGCAAUGCCUCCCUCCCCUCCGGAGCGGUCCAUGUCCCGAGACUCGCAGGACUCCAUGGAAGACUACUGGAGUGAGGUGAGGAACAUCGAGGAGGAUUGCCAAGGAGGCCAGGAGGAGAUGAUCGAGAGGAGCAGCAUGGAUGAAGUGGAGCUGGAGGAAGCAUGGCUGCAUGAAGCUGGUCUCUCCACGCUGGUGUCUGGAACUUUGACCGACAGCCCUGCCGAGGCUCUCCUCUCCACGCUCACCCGCUCUCAGGCUGCCAUGGUGAAGAAACGUCUGGACAACUACACACAGACCAUGCGCAAGAGGAACAAGCAGCCCAUUCGGCACGUCCGAGAUGUCUUCUCCACCGCAGACACCUCGACUGCUGAACACACACCCCCAGUGUCCUCAAAUGGCCAGAUUGCACCAAAGCUACCCCACUGGACGCCCCCUAAAGCUCAUCAGCCAUGCCAAGCCUUCCGGCCGGUGGAGAGCAGUGUAAAGGAGUGUCAAAUGGAGGUAUAUAUCUUGUCUUUUGAGGAGCCGUACUCUGAGGGUGUGACGGCUCAUCGGAAGGGCCGCGACUGCCAUGACUGCCAGAGGAUCAGGAAAGGGGACAAGGAUUUACCUAAGUUUCAGAUAGUGACACCCAAGCAGGGGCUGACCAGAGUGCAUGACCUGUCCUCUGAAGAUAUCAAGAAGAUUGCCUGCAUCAGUCUGAUAGAGCUAACUACCUUUUAUGAUGCCCUGGGCAUUGAGCUGAAGAGGAACCGGAUGGUCCGGAGCAAGGUGCGGGAAACGGGCAUAUUUGGAGUUCCUCUCACUACACUGUUGGAAAAUGACCAAAAGAAAUUUCCUGGCUCCAAAGUUCCCCUUGUCUUCAAAAAGCUGCUGUCUAAACUUGAGCAGACAGGGCUCCAAACAGAAGGAAUUCUUAGAGUGCCUGGCUCCGCCUCUAGAGUAAAGCACUUGCGGCAGGAGCUGGACACAAAGUUUUAUGAGGAUCGCUUUGACUGGGAGCAGGUGAGACACAACGAUGCUGCUGGUCUGCUGAAGAUGUUCAUCAGGGAGCUGCCACAUCCUCUGCUCACGCAGCAGCACAUGCCUGCCUUCACCGCCGCUCAGAAUAUCCCAUCAACCAAACACCAGCUGCAGGCCCUCCACCUCCUCAUCCUGCUUCUGCCUGAAGUGAACAGAGACACACUGAAGGCUCUGUUGGAGUUCCUAAAUAAGGUUGUGGCCUAUGAGGAGAAGAACCGCAUGAGUUUGUGGAACGUAUCCAUGAUCGUUGCGCCGAAUCUCUUCACCUCCCGAGACAAGACGACCAGGCAGGAGGAGAUGCAGGGAGCAGCAGGAGCAGCUCAUCUGGUCCGUCUGCUCAUCAUCUAUCAGGACCUGCUGUGGACGGUGCCCUGUUUCUUAAUUUCUCACGUGCGGAAGAUGAACGAGGCUGCCAUGAGCAAAAAGACACCCAGCUCAGAGAAGACAAAGAGGAAACUGUUGAGAAGACGCAACACAGAUAGGGAGAAAGAGAAGAGUGAGGUCACUGACCUUCGUGAAGGUGUUAUCAGAGUGCAGGCACCACUUCAUGCCAAAGUCUCUAUGGCUAUUCAGUUGGACAACGAGACAAGGGCACGUGAUGUAAUGGCCCGCUUUGAUUUUGAGAAUGGGCAAGGGUCUCGAAGUCUCAGUAGAAGACAGAAGUGCUUUUUGUUUGAGGUCGGAGGGAACAUAGGUGAGCGCUGUCUUCAUCCAGACACUCACUUACUGGAGGUGUACCGUGUGAAUCCCCACUGCGAAUGGAUCUUAAAGUCCAGAACAACCUGAGGAUGUAUGGACUAUAGCACGAGGUCAGCUAAGGAUCCCACAGCUGCGGCUCCUUUGUGGUCAUCCCAGUACAAGGCUUAUGAGAAUGGCGAAAAUGAUGUAUAUGGCGUAGCUUUUUCCACAACACUUAAAACAAGUUCUCAGCGGUGGAGCCUGAGAAUUUACUGAGAUCCUCAACCGAUGCUUGUUUUCCCCUUCUCAAAAGGUUUUAGAAGGAUUGUGACUUAUCCUUCCAAAAUAUGUAAACCUUAGAGUAGAAAUCUGGAUUCCAGACUGCAGCUCUCUCUGAAAAGGGGGCCUUUAUCGUUUGUUUUUCUCCAAGGCUUGCGUCACACAUGAUCAACACAACGCAAUGCUGGCCAUUGGGAUUGUUUUGUUGCCAAAAAACGUGUGCUCUUAUCUACAGAGGCCUUUAAUGGUUUAAGGCUUCUGUGGAAGCAUGUUUUCCCUUUGCCUACAAGGCCUCAAAAAAAAAAGCAUGUACAUAUAAUAUUUAUACAACUAAUUUAUCCUGCUGUCUUGUGAUUUUACCAUGUAAACCAUGAGUGGUUUUGUAUUAUUUGCAUAUGCUGCAUGCUUAAAAUGAAGCCAUCUGAAUAUAUGACAUGUUUAGGUACAGUAUAAAGAUGGUCAUAUAAUGAUUAUUAUUACUGUCAUUACCUCCUGGUGAAAGGCAAGUGAACAUUUAUUGCCAAGUUAAAACGUGCUGAUGUGGACUGAGUGGCUGCAUGAGAUAGAAACUGGAUUACGCACAUGCGAAGGCAGUGGAGACUGUACACAAGAUGUUCUAGGCACUACAUUAAAACUUGUUGCACAGUAACCUGUGGAUUUACAGUACAAAUGAAACACUCUUGACCACUUGGCAACUCGAGGCAGCCAAACAGGCUCUUAUCAUGUGAGGAGUUGGGUUUCUGCGCCGGAGCGUUUGGAUCACUGUGGCUGGCCUGGGUUUGCCUGAAUGAACUGAUAAGGACUGGUAUUACUUUACUCUGUGAGCUCAGUUUCCUGCUAAACCUAGAGCCAGGUUAAAAAAGGAAGCCCUAUGUAGAGUUUGGUCCAAGAUCAGGCUCAGUCUGCAUCCAAACUACAUCUCCACUGAUUGCCAACGCUAUGAUCACUGUUGCUUUUGUAGUUAAGUAUUGUUCUGAAUUUAAAACGGAGGAAGUAAUUGCACCUGUAACUGUUCUUUUUUGUACUAUGUCAGAAAACAGUGUAAGCAUUGACUUUUUUUUGUAAACUGUUAUGUGUAUUGUACUCUGUGUGUUCCAUACAAAUGAUUUUUAUUUUGUUUUGUAUUAACAUUAUUAUGACCCUGCCAA